AUGCGUUGCUCACAUCCGCUGCGAUCUGCACUGCGCCGCACAACUGUGCUACGCACCAUUAGUGAUGAGUACAUACCACGUGCGUUUCCAGUGAAGUCCACUACUGGAUUAGCUGGUGUUGCGGUGGAACCCUUGUGGAAACCGAAGCUGCUUGCCGCCGCAGCUGAGCUGCAGGCGUUUCUCACUACCUCUGACAUCCCCCCUGAGACGACGUACUACAACAUCGCCAUGACACUGGUGAAACGCAUCAAUCAUGGGAUCAAGGAGUGCCAGGAUGAUUGGUGUACGUUGGAGAAGCGGUACUUCUGGGGAUGGCCGGUGGAGUACAUCCUACAGGUCACGUGGCGCGAGGUGGAGACGGCGCAGAAAUGGAAUGAGUGGCGUUUCUGGGAACUUGACCCGGAGCAGGUGAAGAAAGUUGCACGCGAAGAUCAAAAUAUAGGUAGAGAGGGUCUUGGUUACAAUAGCCCUUGGGAACAGGUCGUGCGUGAGGACUUUGACAAGCGAAAAAAGGCACUUACGCAAGAGGAAAUGGCAGAAUUAAAACGAAUGGAUACAGAACGCAUGGCGCGGGAGACGGCCGCAUACAAGGAACGUAAAGAUCGAAUUCGGGAUGACUUGGAAAAGGCACGUGGUGAUAUGCUGAAGAAAUUUCUGAAUAAACGGUUUGCUGUAGACAAGGACCUCCAGCGCAUGCAACCUGGUGCACGUUAUAGUGGUAAGACUUCUGAAGAUCUUAUCGCUGAGCUAAAAUCUUCGGUGCAAAAUAACCCACAGAAACAGGAUCCACCGAAAUGA